AUGUGCAAAAGGUUGGCUAAUGAGGGGUACUGCUCGACAAAUAUCGACUGGAUGAAGAUAAACUGCAAUAGAAGCUGUAAUUCGUGUGCAUGUUCCGACAGUGAUCCUGAUCAAUGCCCAAUUUGGUCUGCUGAUGGGUUCUGCAAAACCAAUCCUGAUUACAUGCUCGUCAAGUGUAUUAAGAGUUGCAACGUAUGUGCUUGUCAUGACAACAAUGUGAGUUGCAACGCAUGGGCUGGCCAAGGUGAAUGUGAAAGUAAUCCUUUGUUUAUGUUAACAAAUUGCAAGAGAAGCUGUAAACAUUGCCCCGUACUUCCUGUGAUUGCCCUUAUGGGUAGAAAACCGGAAMACCUUUCAGUAACUUCCCAAUAGGGGAAAUAAGAGUGAGUAAUGCAGAUGUGGAAACAUUAUUAUGUGUAAACAUAUUAUAGACACAUCAAGCGAUCUCUUGGUGGAUAAUUUCUUUAAUUUUGCCAGUUCUCGGCUGGUAGACUACAGACUUUGAUAGCUAUCGGUUACUAUUUGAAUAUUCUUAGCAUUAAGUAUGCCAUUUUAUAAAAUUUCAAUGAUUAUUAGUUAUGAAGAAAAUGAGUGCCA